CACCCACACACUCACUCACACAUAUAGACACUCAGAGUACGAGGACUAGGUGGAGGGCCAGGGUAUUUACCCCCUGAAAUCACGCGGGAAAAGCGUAAGAAACUCGAAGGGCCAUCAUCUUGUUCCUGAGCUUCUAAUAUAUAAGGACCCACACCUGGUCCAUGGAAGCAUCAGUUACACAGUGAUCCUUCUAGUAUUAACAUCAUCCUCUAUCCGGUGACAAAACAGUUCAGUUCCUUCACACCUCCUCCUUGUUCAUUUUCUUUCAAACCCCAAAAUGAAGUGCAGCCUUGCUUUAGUGAUCCUUGCCGUCAUCGUGGCUAUCACAUUUGUCCCUGAGAGCGAAUCCGCACCCGAUCACGGUUACGGCCAUGGGCAUGGUCACGGUCACGGCCACGGUCACAAGGCUGAAGGCACGGCCUGUAUCGUCAAAGGCUCCUAUUGCAAUUGCCAUUACUGCAAGUGCGAAAAAGGCCAUGUCCAUUGUGGAGGAUACGGCAAGGGCGGAUAUGGCAAGAAGUACUGCUAUGGCAGCACCCAGGGUGAAUACUGCCAUUGUGAUUACUGCAAGUGCAAACAUGGUUACGGAUCCACCGGAUAUGGACAUUGUCACUAGAAUCUAGACUCGAACCCAAUUCAAAAAAAAGAGACAAAAAUAAUAAUCAGCUUCUGAAAGCUCUGUGUGCCCUCUUCAGCCCUAUUCUCCUAGUCAACUCUCAUAUCAGUAUUAUCUAUGACCUAUGAUUAUCCUCUUAUAUUUUAUUGCUACUUCUUGGAAGUAUUCUCCCCUUGUGCAAUAAUCUCGACGCUUUAAGACAGAAUGACGUUUUUGUCUUGGCUCAGACCGUUCAUUUGAUAUUCGUUAUUUGAAAACUCAGCUGUGCCAUAGGAAUAGCUUUGUCCUGGUUGGCAUUGCUUUGGAUCAUCGACAUGCCAAAUAAAAUAUCAAAUUCAACGAUCAAUCCCGCCACUCUUGCCCUGAAUAGAAUAUGGAAUAUGCUGUCAUCAAUCCAAAAUCUCAUGUGUGCUUUCUCGUAACUCAACGAAAAUAAAGAAAAAGACAUCAAUGUUGAAACGACCAACCAACCAACCAUCUCGUAUUGCGUCCAUUUGACUCUAACCGCGACAACACACGAUCAAGGGAUCAAGGCCACUUGUUGUCGAGUCAUUUAAAUAUUUGAUGGUCAUUGUCCUGGUUGGGCUGUACAUAUGAAUGUACGAGUAC